GGCAGACUGGUUCCUCCUGGACAGCCGGACAGUUCGCCACACCGCCAUCGGCUUGUUCUGCUGCGGGGUCUCGGUCUACCUAACAGCUCUCGCCAUCUACAUGCUGCUGCUGUUCGAGCUGGAGGCCGGCAUUGCCAGCGCUUGCAUCCUCUCCUCCGGUGUCAUCGUCCUGCUGGUCACGGUGACGCACGCCCUGGUUCGGGCUGCCCAGGUUUCCCGCCGCAGCCGCUCCGAGGUCUCUCACACCCUCUACGAGAACGACUCGGCCCAGCACGGCGCAUCCUCCACCAGUGACCUGAACAACAGGAACGCGGCUGCGCCCCGGCCUGAGAUCCACCGGGAGUUUUCCUUCCCUCCUUUCCUGGACCACCACCUGCCCCGCACGCACAGGACGCUGUCGGCAGAGCCGGGCCUGCUGCAAGCACAGGGCAAGCCUUGGGACGGCGUCACGCAGGAGAGGAGCGGCGUGCUGGCACGCAAACCUGGAGCCUCGGGCAAGGACUCGACUCUGGUGUGA